UUUUUUUUUUUUUUGCGAGAAAUCUCCUAGCCUGGCAACGACGAAGGCAAAUAUAGAUCGCAGAUAGCAGCCUCUAUAAUCUUCCUUUUCUCCGCUAGUUUAUUUGUGAAUACUGGCUGUAUUUACCCUUAACACCGCCAUGAGUGAAGAAACCAACGGGGUUUCCCCCGAGGCACCGGAGAGAUGCGCCAUCGGAUUAUCGUUUGGCAACACCAACAGCUCGAUUGCGUAUACAUCACCAGAAGGAAAAGCAGAAGUCAUAGCUAAUGAGGACGGAGAUCGCCAUAUUCCGUCGAUCAUUUCAUACGUAGAUGGUGAAGAAUACGAUGGGAACCAAGCCAAAGCACAGCUUGUCCGAAAUUCCUCGAACACUGUUGCUUACUUCAGAGAUUUCCUGGGAAAAGACUUUAAAUCGAUAGACCCUACCCCUUGCCAUGCGUCUGCUCACCCCCAAUUACAUGAUUCCACCGUGGCUUUCACAAUCCGCGACACUACGAACGAAGAGCCUAGCACAUUGACUGUCUCAGAAAUAACAACACGCCACCUGCGUUGUCUCCGACGGUCUGCCUCGGACUUCCUAGGAAAAGAUGUGAAUGCAGCCGUUUUGACUGUGCCAACAAACUUCUCAGAUGCUCAGCGCAACGCCUUCUCCGCAGCAGCCAAAGAUGCUGGCAUUGACGUUCUGCAGUUCAUCCCUGAGCCAGUCGCUUCUCUACUAGCGUACGAUGCCCGUCCUGAGGCCGUAGUGAAGGACAAGUUAGUUGUGGUGGCCGAUCUAGGUGGCACGAGGUCGGACGUUGCCGUGAUUGCAUCGCGGGGCGGAAUGUACACCAUUCUAGCCACUGCGCAUGAUUAUGAGCUGGGAGGUGCCCAAUUGGACCAAAUAUUGAUUGAUCAUUUCGCCAAGGAAUUCAUAAAGAAACACAAAACAGACCCAAGGGAAAAUGCUAGGAGUUUGGCCAAGCUGAAAUUAGAAGCGGAACAAACUAAGAAGGCUUUGAGCUUGGGUACCAAUGCCACUCUCAGCAUCGAAAGCCUUUCCAAUGGAAUAGACUUUAGCUCUACUGUCAAUAGAACAAGAUAUGAGCUUCUGUCGGGGAAAAUUUUCGCGAGUUUUGUUAAGUUGAUUGAAGAGUCCGUGAAAAAGGCCGAUCUUGACAUCCUGGAUAUUGAUGAGGUUAUCCUUUCCGGCGGAACAUCCCACACUCCAAAGAUUGCACGACUCGUCCAAUCUCUUUUCCCCGCCACAACAACAGUCCUUGCCCCAUCCACAUCGCCCAUCGCCAUCAACCCAUCCGACUUACCCGCCCGAGGCGCGGCUAUCCAAGCCUCCCUAAUCGAGGAGUUUGAAAAGGACGACAUCGAGCAAUCGAGCCACCCCAUGGUCACCGUCACCCCGCACCUCGAAAAAGCCAUCGGCAUCCAACUGAUCUCCGCCACCGAUGACGCACACGCCAUCUUCAAACCACUCCUCAACGCUGAAACCGCGCUCCCCGCCCGGCGCAUUGCUCAAUACGCCGUCCCCAAGGCCGGCGGCGAUAUUCUCGUCCGUGUCUGCGAAGGCAUCCGUGAGAUCAAAGUUACGAAACCGGAACCCAAGCCGAAGCAACCUGCCAAGGACGACGGCGAGGACGACGACGAUGAUUCAGAUUUCGACUCCGAUGAUGAUGACGAGGAGGAAGAAGUGCGAGAAGUGGUAUGGAAGGUAUCGAAACCUAUUGCGGAAUUUGCCAUUAAGGGUGUCAAGGCCAACGGGAAGGUUGAGGUUAUGGUGGCCGUGAGUGAGCAGCUGGCGGUCCAAAUAACGGCUCGGGAAGUCGGUGGAAAGGGUGGUGUCCGGGGUAUGGUGGAUGCGCCAAAGGCGGCGGAGAAUGGAAGUGCGUAAAGCUAUGUGUGCUUUCAGUUCACUUUAUUUUUUUCGUCCGAUUUCUUGUCUUUUACUCGUUCAAGCAUCCCUGCCUUACCCUACUUUCCUUUUGGUAAAUACAAAAUUAGAUCAAUAGAUAAUGUAUGUGUCAGACUUUGUCUUGUGUUACAAAGUUUUUUUUCUUUCUUCCUGUUACCCUUUUACCCUUUUUUUAUUUUUUUUCCCCCCAUUACAGGAUGAAGUUCAAAAAUAAAUACAUUAGAUAUUAUUCUCGGUAUUAAGAUUGCCGAAUCACAGUGAAGGAAUCGCAAAUCAACAGAACCAACCUCCCUCCCUCCCCCACUCCCCCGUUUUACCGAAAUAUCCAUACCGCCCCCAGCCCAUCAGAAACCCCUGGACAGGAAAAUUAGAAGGCCAUAAAAAGCCCCUUUAGAAUCCACAUGUUCAAAGUGGAGACAGCGCGAAUGAAGCAUAAACGCAAAAACG